CCCACGAUUGUUGAAAGAUAUCGGAUGCUUUCCAAACAUUUGGUAUACUUGGCAGUAGAGACGUUGGAAGAGUGUUCCAAGCGAGGAACCAGUUGUAAAAACGUAUUGUAUCAGUUACGAAAGGAGCGUAGACUAAAUGAACGGCAGUGGAAACUUUUGUAUGCAGUCGUCAUGCAGACUCGAAAGUACGCAACGUUACUGAAAGAAACGGUGGAGUUGCUACCAGAAUCUUUACAAAGCUCGCUCUAUCGUUGUUUUGACUGUCGCCAGUGGUUGCUUUGGUUAUUCUUGUAUGAUCUAUUGUUAGGAAAGAAUGAAAUAGGAAGUACAUUAGCAGAUUCUGUAGUAGAGGUUUGCUCACAAGAAAAUGUCUUACUACUGCGACAGUGUCUAGAAACCGCUAAAAACAGCAUACCUUUGACAGAUCAGCCUGCGUGGCUUGCAGAGAAUAUUUAUGUAUAUGGCAGAGUCAAUUAUGUGAACAGUUCGAUGGAGUCAGUGUUAUCUAGUUUGGAAAGUUCGGGAUAUUGUGAUGCGACACGUGGAGAACAAGUCAUUGUGGAGAAAGACUCCAAAAGAAAGCAGCUUCCUCUAGAGUUUUACAAGUUCUGGUUAGACUCGGAUGUAUCUAGUCUACUUGUUUUUCCAUGUCAUUCAAGAAUCGCAGAGCAUCAUUUGGUCAGAUUGAGACGAGAAUUGGUUAUUCAAGACAAGGCGAGUUGUCUUGUUGCACAAGGCUUUGAUGCUCAACUUGGAUGGAAAGUUGUCGAUGCUUGUGCUUCUCCCGGUAAUAAGUCGAUGCACUUGAUUUCAAAAGGAAUUGAACAACAUGGCGAAGCAUUCUACCACAAUCCAAUAAAAGUGAUUGCAAUAGAUCGAGACAAGAAAAGAUUUGAACUAUUGAAUCGAACCAUUCGUAAUUGUGGUUAUGAGUCGUAUAUUGAUACCCAAAAAGUGGAUUUUCUAGAAUGGAAUGAUAAAGAAUGUCAAGGCAUUAUAUUAGAUCCAUCCUGUUCAGGCUCAGGAUUGAUAAAGCGCAAUUGGACGGAUGGUUUGGAUGAGAAAGGGACUAGACCUACAAGAUUGAAACAGUUGAGUUUCUUUCAAAAGAAAAUGUUGCGACAUGCGCUUUGUGACUUUCCAAAAUGUUGUCGAGUCACAUAUUCUACUUGUAGUAUAUACAAGGAGGAGAAUGAAAUGGUGAUUUAUGAAGUAUUACAACAAGUCAAAGACUUGGGUUGGAAAUUGACUCGAUUUCUUCCACAAUGGCCACGUAGGGGUUCUCUUGAUCCUUUGAAUAGGGAAGAAGCAGCUGCCUGUGUUCGAACAGAUCCGAAACUGGAUCAUACAAAUGGGUUUUUCGUGGCUUGUUUCGAAAGAACGAAGACUCCCAUUUCAGAUAAGAAGAGAGUUGUUAUCCAAGCUUCGGAUUCCAGUCAUUCUGCAUAUUCUUUGAAACGUAAGAAAACUUGAACAUUGUUUGACUCAAUAGAAAUUCUAAUAAAUCACAACAUUUCUUUUGUCCAUUA